AAAGUAAGCGAUAAGGCCGUUUUAUUGUAUUUCGUCGCCUUUCUUCUUCGUUCUGUACGAAUUUGUUGGACCUAUUAUAUAUAUAUAUAUAUAUUAUAUAAAUAAGUUAUGAGACGUUUAACUACAUUUAAGUGUCGCAGAGCGCGUUGUUUUAUUCUCGUCUCAGUGCAGUGUGAAGCUUUUCGGGCUAGCUUAGCUUGCUAGCUGCUAACAAAGAGAAAGGAAAGUGGACAAGACUUCGCUAAACUGACAUCAAAUGUGAGUGGAAAGUCAAAAUGUCGCGCUCGUGUGGACAAAUGAUGGAAUAGAAGAACAACUUUGUGGAACAAAAGAGGAGAAUACUGGACGCUGUUUCCAACAAACAUCAAAGUUGUGCCCCACAGAGCAGCAGACGUCAGUGAAGAACAUCUUCAUCCUCAGCAGCAGGAGUGGACCUCCAGGAUGGAGCAGGAGGAGCCACAGCCCCCCCAGAUUAAAGAAGAAGAGGAAGAACACAUCAUCAAUAUGGAGGGAGACCCUCUUGAAGGACUGGAGGAGUUCCCAGUGAUCCGUGUCAUCGUGAAGAGUGAAGAAGAUGAGGUCAAAGGUGAAGGUGAGCAGAAGAGAGAGGCGGAGAGACCAAGCAGCAGCUCAACUCAACACACGACAACAGAAGGUGACGGUGGAGGAUCACAAGCUGACUUAGUUCCACUCUCAGAUAGAGACGACACGACGUCACACUCUGCUGAGGAUGACGAUGAUGAAGACUCCAAAGCCGAUCCAACAUGUCCGACCGACAACACACACUUUAAAUGUUCUCACUGUGACAAAACUUACGGCAACAGGUCAACUUUGAAAACACACAUGAUGAUUCACACGGGCGAGAAACCAUUCAGCUGCACGUUCUGCGGCAAAAGAUUCUCCAUCAAAGGACGUAUGACAACGCACACGAGGACGCACACAGGAGAAAAACCAUAUGCCUGCUCGGUGUGCGACAAGACCUUUUCUCACCAGUCAGCGUUUGUGCGGCACAAAAGGACGCACCUGAGCGAGAAGCCCUUCACCUGCAACGUUUGCGGUAAAUGCUUCGCCCUUGUCGGAGGUUUGAAGACGCAUCUAAGGACUCACACCGGCGAAAAACCCUAUUCUUGCUCCGUCUGCAGCAAAGGUUUUUGCGACCAUUCGUCGUUUGUCCGGCACGCCAGGACACACACCGGGGAGAAACCAUAUUCCUGUGCAAUCUGCAGCAGGAGUUUCACGCAGACGUCGGCGUUGGUCAAGCACGCCAGGACGCACACCGGGGAAAAACCCUUUGCCUGCUUAGUGUGUGGCCUGAGAUUAACCCAGAAGUCGCACUUAACCACACACAUGAGGAUACACACCGGCGAGAAAGUGUUCAGUUGCCGCGUGUGUGGUGAGAGAUUCUCCUACAAGUACCAGGUCAACGACCACAAGUGUGCUGGUGAGAACAGCAGCAGUCAGUGCCGGGAAUUUGACCAACUUUGACUCAUGUUCAUGUGCUUCAAAAUGCAUCGUUCUGAAGUUGAUCAGAUCAGAUUUGUUUGAAUCCUCGAGACCGUGUGUGUUGUCUUUGGAGACGGUUUACAAUUUGUGUUGAUGACUGACAGUUAAUAACAAUAAUAAUAAUAACACAUCACAUUUAUGUAGCACUUUGAGACAUGAGUCUUUGAAGAUAUGUCAAAAAAUACAUCUUAAAACAACACCCAUAUAUCUAAAAACAGUUUAAGAAAAGAGCAGUUAAUGAGAAUGUGGAAGUGCAGCAGGGCAAGUCUGGAAAAGGCUGGUUUGAGGGCACUUUUAAAAGAAAGUGCUCAGGGUGCCCUUGAGCAAGGCACAGCUUGGGGGGCAGUACGUCUCUGACAUUGCAUGCCUGCAAGUGUGUGCUGUGGUGUUCAACACAAAGUGUUCUUCUUACAGGGAUGAUUGUCACACUCGUUACCAGAGACGCGGUCUCUCCGGUUGUGGCGCAGACAUUUAGGACAUUUGGGAUCAGAGCUCACCUACAUAGUUCUCUCUGGAGCAAGACGGUCAAACUUGAGGUGGGAUGACCGUUUGUGUCCAUGGCAAAUUGUAAAUACUUGUCAGGUUCAAAUACUGAUGACAUUUAUUAAACAGACAAGAAGCAAGGAAUCGUGCAGAGACAGAGUUAAAUUUUGCUCAUUGAGGAGAGACGUUAUUGGGCUGUACUCUUAGUUACAGAUCUUAGUUACAGAUCCAAACUACGCUCUAAAAUCCUGCCCACGUGCUUCCUCUAUUUAUUUGGGAGGUCCCUGGUCACAUCACUGAGGGAAGAGGGUAAUCUCAACAGCCCCAGUUCGACACAAUAUAUGACUAUUAAUGAAAUGCAAAUGUGCUGACACUCGUGAUAUCGCCCUGUCUCUGCUUUGUCUGUGUCACGGUACUCGAUGUUCGCCCUUGGCAGUCAGCAGGCCGAUUCUGGAAACAAACACUGAUAGGAGACGAUGUCCCUUCAACUUCAGCACAAUUGAUAAUAACUAUGGCAACAGCCUUUAAGCAUGAGAGUUGUGUGAUAAUUUACACAUAAUUAUUCUAACAAUACUGAAAUCACUAUUUGUGUCUGCGACAAUAAACUAAUCAAUAAAUGGU